AAACCAACCUGUGGGCUCUGCGCAAAUCAGACGCCGCCGCCUCAGGCCUGCCUAUAAAAUCUGGUGCAGUCCACCGCAGGCCGGAUUUUCCUUUCGGAAGCCCCUCACAAGGGAGAGAUCUGUUCUCGUUUUUCUUUCUUUUGCCUAUUAAACCUCUGCUCCUAAACUCCCCCAACCCCCAAGAAAGAAAUUAUCGAACCUGAGGGGGUUGCAGAUACCCAUGAUUUGUAGUGAACUCGGACAGAAGUGUGGGUACCCUGAGGUCCUAAUAGUUGUGGCUGGCAUCCGAAGUAGGGGGCAGUCUUGAGGGCUGAGCCCCUAACCCGUGGGGUCUGCACUAACUCUGGUUAGUUAGCAUCAGAAUUGAGUAAAAUUGUAGGACACUCAGCUGCUGUCUGUGGAGAAUUGGAGAAUUGGUUGGUGGAAAACCCAUAUAUUUGAUGUCAGAAAUAUUGGAGAGCCGGAAUAUAAAGGAGAGGACAGCUGGGUGCAGUGGCUCACACCUGUCAUCCCAGCAUUUUGGGAGGCUGAGGCCGGCAGAUCACUUGAGCCCGGGAGUUUGAGACCAGCCUGGGCAACAUGUUCCUUAAUUAUUUUCUCACUGCUUCCUACUAAAGGACGGACAGAGCAUUUGUUCUUCAGCCACAUACUUUCCUUCCACUGGCCAGCAUUCUCCUCUAUUAGACUAGAACUGUGGAUAAACCUCAGAAAAUGGCCACCCAGCAGAAAGCCUCUGACGAGAGGAUCUCCCAGUUUGAUCACAAUUUGCUGCCAGAGCUGUCUGCUCUUCUGGGCCUAGAUGCAGGUCAGUUGGCAAAGGAACUAGAAGAAAAGGAGCAGAAGGAGCGAGCAAAAAUGCAGAAAGGCUACAACUCUCAAAUGCGCAGUGAAGCAAAAAGGUUAAAGACUUUUGUGACUUAUGAGCCGUACAGCUCAUGGAUACCGCAGGAGAUGGCGGCCUCUGGGUUUUACUUCACUGGGGUAAAAUCUGGGAUUCAGUGCUUCUGCUGUAGCCUAAUCCUCUUUGGUGCCGGCCUCACGAGACUCCCCAUAGAAGACCACAAGAGGUUUCAUCCAGAUUGUGGGUUCCUUUUGAACAAGGAUGUUGGUAACAUUGCCAAGUACGACAUAAGGGUGAAGAAUCUGAAGAGCAGGCUGAGAGGAGGUAAAAUGAGGUACCAAGAAGAGGAGGCUAGACUUGCAUCCUUCAGGAACUGGCCAUUUUAUGUCCAAGGGAUAUCCCCUUGUGUGCUCUCAGAGGCUGGCUUUGUCUUUACAGGUAAACAGGACACGGUACAGUGUUUUUCCUGUGGUGGAUGUUUAGGAAAUUGGGAAGAAGGAGAUGAUCCUUGGAAGGAACAUGCCAAAUGGUUCCCCAAAUGUGAAUUUCUUCGGAGUAAGAAAUCCUCAGAGGAAAUUACCCAGUAUAUUCAAAGCUACAAGGGAUUUGUUGACAUAACGGGAGAACAUUUUGUGAAUUCCUGGGUCCACAGAGAAUUACCUAUGGCAUCAGCUUAUUGCAAUGACAGCAUCUUUGCUUACGAAGAACUACGGCUGGACUCUUUUAAGGACUGGCCCCGGGAAUCAGCUGUGGGAGUUGCAGCACUGGCCAAAGCAGGUCUUUUCUACACAGGUAUAAAGGACAUCGUCCAGUGCUUUUCCUGUGGAGGGUGUUUAGAGAAAUGGCAGGAAGGUGAUGACCCAUUAGACGAUCACACCAGAUGGUUUCCCAAUUGUCCAUUUCUCCAAAAUAUGAAGUCCUCUGUGGAAGUGACUCCAGACCUUCAGAGCCGUGGUGAACCUUGUGAAUUACUGGAAACCACAAGUGAAAGCAAUCUUGAAGAUUCAAUAGCAGUUGAUCAUAUAGUGCCAGAAAUGGCACAGGGUGAAGCCCGAUGGUUUCAAGAGGCAAAGAAUCUGAAUGAGCAGCUGAGAGCAGCUUAUACCAGCGCCAGUUUCCGCCACAUGUCUUUGCUUGAUAUCUCUUCUGAUCUGGCCACGGACCACUUGCUGGGCUGUGAUCUGUCUAUUGCUUCAAAACACAUCAGCAAACCUGUGCAAGAACCUCUGGUGCUGCCUGAGGUCUUUGCCAACUUGAACUCUGUCAUGUGUGUGGAGGGUGAAGCUGGAAGUGGAAAGACGGUCCUCCUGAAGAAAAUAGCUUUUCUGUGGGCAUCUGGAUGCUGUCCCCUGUUAAACAGGUUCCAGCUGGUUUUCUACCUCUCCCUUAGUUCCACCAGACCAGACGAGGGGCUGGCCAGUAUCAUCUGUGACCAGCUCCUAGAGAAAGAAGGAUCUGUUACUGAAAUGUGCAUGAGGAACAUCAUCCAGCAGUUAAAGAAUCAGGUCUUAUUCCUUUUAGAUGACUACAAAGAAAUAUGUUCAAUCCCUCAAGUCAUAGGAAAACUGAUUCAAAAAAACCACUUGUCCCGGACCUGCCUAUUGAUUGCUGUCCGUACAGACAGGGCCAGGGACAUCCGUCGAUACCUAGAGACGAUUCUAGAGAUCAAAGCAUUUCCCUUUUAUAAUACUGUCUGUAUAUUACGGAAGCUCUUUUCACAUAAUAUGACUCGUCUGCGAAAGUUUAUGGUUUACUUUGGAAAGAACCAAAGUUUGCAGAAGAUACAGAAAACUCCUCUCUUUGUGGCAGCGAUCUGUGCUCAUUGGUUUCAGUAUCCUUUUGACCCAUCCUUUGAUGAUGUGGCUGUUUUCAAGUCCUAUAUGGAACGCCUUUCCUUAAGGAACAAAGCGACAGCUGAAAUUCUCAAAGCAACUGUGUCCUCCUGUGGUGAGCUGGCCUUGAAAGGGUUUUUUUCAUGUUGCUUUGAGUUUAAUGAUGAUGAUCUCGCAGAAGCAGGGGUUGAUGAAGAUGAAGAUCUAACCAUGUGCUUGAUGAGCAAAUUUACAGCCCAGAGACUAAGACCAUUCUACCGGUUUUUAAGUCCUGCCUUCCAAGAAUUUCUUGCGGGGAUGAGGCUGAUUGAACUCCUGGAUUCAGAUAGGCAGGAACAUCAAGAUUUGGGACUGUAUCAUUUGAAACAAAUCAACUCACCCAUGAUGACUGUAAGCGCCUACAACAAUUUUUUGAACUAUGUCUCCAGCCUCCCUUCAACAAAAGCAGGGCCCAAAAUUGUGUCUCAUUUGCUCCAUUUAGUGGAUAACAAAGAGUCAUUGGAGAAUAUAUCUGAAAAUGAUGACUACUUAAAGCACCAGCCAGAAAUUUCACUGCAGAUGCAGUUACUUAGGGGAUUGUGGCAAAUUUGUCCACAAGCUUACUUUUCAAUGGUUUCAGAACAUUUACUGGUUCUUGCCCUGAAAAUCGCUUAUCAAAGCAACACUGUUGCUGCGUGUUCUCCAUUUGUUUUGCAAUUCCUUCAAGGGAGAACACUGACUUUGGGUGUGCUUAACUUACAGUACUUUUUCGACCACCCAGAAAGCUUGUCAUUGUUGAGGAGCAUCCACUUCUCAAUACGAGGAAAUAAGACAUCACCCAGAGCACAUUUUUCAGUUCUGGAAACAUGUUUUGACAAAUCACAGGUGCCAACUAUAGAUCAGGACUAUGCUUCUGCCUUUGAACCUAUGAAUGAAUGGGAGCGAAAUUUAGCUGAAAAAGAGGAUAAUGUAAAGAGCUAUAUGGAUAUGCAGCGCAGGGCAUCACCAGACCUUAGUACUGGCUAUUGGAAACUUUCUCCAAAGCAGUACAAGAUUCCCUGUCUAGAAGUCAAUGUGAAUGAUAUUGAUGUUGUAGGCCAGGACAUGCUUGAGAUUCUAAUGACAGUUUUCUCAGCUUCACAGCGCAUCGAACUCCAUUUAAACCACAGCAGAGGCUUUAUAGAGAGCAUCCGCCCAGCUCUUGAGCUGUCUAAGGCCUCUGUCACCAAGUGCUCCAUAAGCAAGUUGGAACUCAGCGCAGCUGAACAGGAACUGCUUCUCACCCUGCCUUCCCUGGAAUCUCUUGAAGUCUCAGGGACAAUCCAGUCACAAGACCAAAUCUUUCCUAAUCUGGAUAAGUUCCUGUGCCUGAAAGAACUGUCUGUGGAUCUGGAGGGCAAUAUAAAUGUUUUUUCAGUCAUUCCUGAAGAAUUUCCAAAUUUCCACCAUAUGGAGAAAUUAUUGAUCCAAAUUUCAGCUGAGUAUGAUCCUUCCAAACUAGUAAAAUUAAUUCAAAAUUCUCCAAACCUUCAUGUUUUCCAUCUGAAGUGUAACUUCUUUUCGGAUUUUGAGUCUCUCAUGACUAUGCUUGUUUCCUGUAAGAAACUCACAGAAAUUAAGUUUUUGGAUUCAUUUUUUCAAGCCGUCCCAUUUGUUGCCAGUUUGCCAAAUUUUAUUUCUCUGAAGAUAUUAAAUCUUGAAGGCCAGCAAUUUCCUGAUGAGGAAACAUCAGAAAAAUUUGCCUACAUUUUAGGUUCUCUUAGUAACCUGGAAGAAUUGAUCCUUCCUACUGGGGAUGGAAUUUAUCGAGUGGCCAAACUGAUCAUCCAGCAGUGUCAGCAGCUUCAUUGUCUCCGAGUCCUCUCAUUUUUCAAGACUUUGAAUGAUGACAGCGUGGUGGAAAUUGCCAAAGUAGCAAUCAGUGGAGGUUUCCAGAAACUUGAGAACCUAAAGCUUUCAAUCAAUCACAAGAUUACAGAGGAAGGAUACAGAAAUUUCUUUCAAGCACUGGACAACAUGCCAAACUUGAAGGAGUUGGACAUCUCCAGGCAUUUCACAGAGUGUAUCAAAGCUCAGGCCACAACAGUCAAGUCUUUGAGUCAAUGUGUGUUACGACUACCAAGGCUCAUUAGACUGAACAUGUUAAGUUGGCUCUUGGAUGCAGAUGAUAUUGCAUUGCUUAAUGUCAUGAAAGAAAGACAUCCUCAAUCUAAGUACUUAACUAUUCUCCAGAAAUGGAUACUGCCGUUCUCUCCAAUCAUUCAGAAAUAAAAGAUUCAGCUAAAAACUGCUGAAUCAAUAAUUUGUCUUGGGGCAUAUUGAGGAUGUAAAAAAAGUUGUUGAUUAAUGCUAAAAACCAAAUUAUCCAAAAUUAUUUUAUUAAAUAUUGCAUACAAAAGAAAAUGUGUAAGGCUUGCUAAAAAACAAAACAAAACAAAACAAAACACAGUCCUGCAUACUCACCACCAAGCUCAAGAAAUAAAUCAUCACCAAUACCUUUGAGGUCCCUGAGUAAUCCACCCCAGCUAAAGGCAAACCCUUCAAUCAGGUUUAUACAGCUAACCCUCCAUUGUCCAUGGUCAACAGGGAAGGGGUUGGGGACAGGUCUGCCAAUCUAUCUAAAAGCCACAAUAGGGAAGAAGUAUUCAAUUUAUAUAAUAAAUGGCUAACUUAACGGUUGAAUCAGUUUCAUACAUGGAUGCAACGGGUUUAACACAGGAUCCACAUGAAUCUUCUGUGGGCCAAGAGAUAUUCCUUAAUCCUUGUAGAAUAUUCCUUAAUCCUUGUAGAACCUGUUUUCUAUAUUGAACUAGCUUUGGUACAGUAGAGUUAACUUACUUUCCAUUUAUCCACUGCCAAUAUAAAGAGGAAAUAGGGGUUAGGGAAAAAUGACUUCAUUCCAGAGGCUUCUCAGAGUUCAACAUAUGCUAUAAUUUAGAAUUUUCUUAUGAAUCCACUCUACUUGGGUAGAAAAUAUUUUAUCUCUAGUGAUUGCAUAUUAUUUCCAUAUCAUAGUAUUUCAUAGUAUUAUAUUUGAUAUGAGUGUCUAUAUCAACGUCAGUGUCCAGAAUUUCAUUCCUACCAGUUAAGUAGUUUUCUGAACGGCCAGAAGACCAUUCUAAAUUCAUGAUACUACUAUAAGUUGGUAAACAACCAUACUUUUAUCCUCAUUUUUAUUCUCACUAAGAAAAAAGUCAACUCCCCUCCCCUUGCCCAAGUAUGAAAUAUAGGGACAGUAUGUAUGGUGUGGUCUCAUUAUUUGUUUAGAAAACCACUUACGACUGGGUGCGGUGGCUCACACCUGUAAUCCCAGCACUUUGGGAGGCUGAGGUGGGCGAAUCAUUUGAGGCGAGGAAUUCGAGACCAGCCUGGCCAGCAUGGUGAAACCCCAUCUCUACUAAAAAUACAAAAAUUAGCCAGGUGUGCUGGCAUAUGCCUGUAGUCCCAGCCACUAGGGCGGCUGAGACGCAAGACUUGCUUGAACCCGGGAGGCAGAGGUUGCAGUGAGCCAAGAUGGCGCCACUGCAUUCCAGCCUGGGCAACAGAGUGAGACCCUGUCUCAAAACAAAAAACAAAACCACUUAUAUUGCUAGCUACAUUAAGAGUUUCUGAAUAUGUUACUGAGCUUGCUUGUGGUAACCAUUUAUAAUAUCAGAAAGUAUAUGUACACCAAAACAUGUUGAACAUCCAUGUUGUACAACUGAAAUAUAAAUAAUUUUGUCAAUUAUACCUAAAUAAAACUGGAAAAAAAUUUCUGGAAGUUUAUAUCUAAAAAUGUUAAUAGUGCGUACCUCUAGGAAGUGGGCCUGGAAGCCAUUCUUACUUUUCAGUCUCUCCCAUUCUGUACUGUUUUUUGUUUUACUUGUGCCUGCAUUAUUUUUCUAUUUAAAACAAAAAUAAAUCUAGUUUAGCACUAAAA